AGGAGAUUUCCCUGUAGACAAGUAGAAAGGGUGAUGGACAAACGUGCGGGCACUAAGACCGCAAGGCAUUCAUUUCCUCCGCCGGUGGAUGCGGACGCCGGGAGGAGGAGAACCCCAGAGCUAGGAGCUGGGAGCCGUGGCCCAGGCAAUGCUCAACCCUGGAUGUAGCUGAGAGAGGCUGAGAGAGGCCGGCCGCCGGAGACCCAGCGGCGAGGGGAAAACCUAGGGGGGGUGGGUGGGGAAAAUCCACAGGAGAGCACUCGAAAUCAAGCGCUUUACAGAUUAUUUUAUUUUGUGUAGAGAGCACGUAGCGACUCCGAAGAUCAGCCCCAAUGAACAUGUCAGUGUUGACUUUACAAGAAUAUGAAUUCGAAAAGCAGUUCAACGAGAAUGAAGCCAUCCAGUGGAUGCAGGAAAACUGGAAGAAAUCUUUCCUGUUUUCUGCUCUGUAUGCUGCCUUUAUCUUUGGUGGUCGGCACCUCAUGAACAAACGGGCGAAGUUUGAACUGAGGAAGCCAUUAGUGCUCUGGUCUCUGACCCUUGCAGUCUUCAGUAUAUUCGGUGCUCUUCGAACUGGUGCUUAUAUGGUGUACAUUUUGAUGACCAAAGGCCUGAAGCAGUCAGUUUGUGACCAGAGUUUUUACAAUGGACCUGUCAGCAAAUUCUGGGCUUAUGCAUUUGUGCUAAGCAAAGCACCCGAACUAGGAGAUACAAUAUUCAUUAUUCUGAGGAAGCAAAAGCUGAUCUUCCUGCACUGGUACCACCACAUCACUGUGCUCCUGUACUCCUGGUACUCCUACAAGGACAUGGUAGCCGGGGGUGGUUGGUUUAUGACCAUGAACUAUGGCGUGCACGCCGUGAUGUACUCUUACUAUGCCUUGCGAGCGGCAGGUUUCCGAGUUUCCCGGAAGUUUGCCAUGUUCAUCACUCUGUCCCAGAUCACUCAGAUGCUGAUGGGCUGUGUCAUUAACUACCUGGUCUUCUCCUGGAUGCAGCAAGACCAGUGUCACUCUCACUUUCAGAACAUCUUCUGGUCCUCACUCAUGUACCUCAGCUACCUUGUGCUUUUCUGCCACUUCUUCUUUGAGGCCUACAUCGGCAAGAUGAGGAAAACAACGAAGGCUGAAUAGUGUUGGAACUGAGGAGAAAGCCAUAGCUCAGGGUCAUCAAGAAAAACAAUAGACAAAAGAAAAUGGCACAAGGAAUCACAUAUGGUGCAGCUACAACAAAACAAAACACAUGAGCAAACACAAAACCCAAGGCAGCUUAGGGAUAAUUAGGUUGACGUAACCCAGUAAGUUUAUGACCCUUUUUGGGUGAGGACUCACUGAGUGCACCUCCAUCUCAAAGGACUGCUGCUGGAAAACCCCAUUCCCCUUUCACUGUCAGUUCUAGGACAAAUGAGAACAAAAGUGAGCCAGAGGCACAGAAAGAGAGAGAAGUAGAAAGUAAACAAAGGCUAUUAACACUAUAUGAAAAAAAAAAAAAAACGUAUUUACUAAGUGUUAUAAUUCUCUAAGAAUGAAAGAAGUUUACUUAAAAAACCUUGCGAGCACAUACACACACAAUCCUUUCUAAUCUUUUUUGACACUAAACUGGAGCCAAUAGAAUAGAUAAAAUGGAAGAGACACAGGGUGGGUAUCUAGAACAAUAAUGCUUUUGCGAAAAGUAAAACCUUUUAAAGAAAGGUUAGUAGCUGUAGCCCCCAAAAGAAAAGAUGUCUUAAUCACCUCUCAUGAAAACGGAUGUAAACAAUUGUAUUGCAACUCAGAGAAAGACUGGUAUCUUUCCCUUCAUAGCACAAGCUCAGGCUAGUGGGUUUGCUAGAACCAAACGGGGCACAAUACUUUUCCAAGGUUCUUCCUGGGAGGAUGGAAACAACGCAGCCCAGUUCCUAAAGGGGCAGCUCCAUCGUGGAGCAUUUCUGAUAGUUUAACUGUAAUUUCUACUCUGAAAUGAGCUAGAAAGGAUUAUCCUUGGUUCAGUUGCCCUGGGCUUUGGAACCGAAGAGUAAAUACAGAAUAGAAAAGGUAAAACUCAACCAAAUGAUUUGAAAAUGGAUUCUGUACUACCUGUGAAAAGAUCCAGCCGGAUAUCACUCUUGAGCUGGGAAAAAGGGGAAAGGACAGGAGGGAAAGUAGGGGGCCGAAGAUGAAUACAACAGACUACGCAUACCCCUCUCUAUUUGACUUCACACACACUCAUAACUUUCCAAAUGAAACCCUGUUGUACAGUCCAUAUUUUCUAUAUUUUUGUGAAUUUCAAAAAGAAAUCUGCAGGGCUCUUCCUGAUAUUGGGUGAACACUGUGUUUCCUCAUCCUCUGCAUUUGCUCCCUAAGCAAUGCAGAGGUGUGUAAAGUGCCCUCUGCUGGUCAAGUGGAGAUACUUCAACAGACACUUCAUGGCAAGUUUGGCUGAACAGUUGACAACAAAGGGCCCCUUAGAGACUUAUCCUUCAAAUUUUAAAUGAUAUAAAAUACUCGUCAUAUUUUUGGCCAAAUCAGAAGACAUUCUUCCUGCUUCAAGUCUGCUUCAGAAAUUUUUUUAAAAGGGACUUUCGCUCUGGAACUCAGAAAAUCAAUUUAUUAAGAGCCAUAUUGUUUAAAAAAAAAAAAAGCUAGAUAAUAUAAUAUUAUCUGUAAUAUUUCAGUCCUUUACAAGCCAAAUAAAUGUGUAAACAUUCCUAGUAUUUCAAAGAAGCAAUUAUGUAAAAUUGUUCAAUGUGAUAUGCUAGUAUUCUAAUUGGUUAAGUAGCUUCAUGAUUAGAAAAACUAGAUGAAACGAUUAGCAGCUACACUGUGUAGACUAUACACGCAUAACCACACGUACAUGCACACAGAUGUGGGGUACACUCAACUUCAAAGCCCAAAUGCAUAGAGACACAUUUUCUGGCUAGCAGAAAAGGAAAACUGUUGUUUAUCUUUCUUGCUUUAUUUGAGAGUGUACAGUAAAAGGGAUUUUUCAGAUUAUUUUUAUAUUAUUUUAGCUUUAAUUGUGCUGUCAUUCAUGAAACAGAGCUGCUCUGCUUCUCUGUCAGAGAUGACAAGGGCUUUCUCAGCAUCUUGUUUAUGUGUGGAAUUUAAAAGAAUAAAGUUUUAUCCCAUUCUGUGUGAAUGGCUUGAACAAUGAACAAAGAAUCCAUGCAAACCAAGUCAUGACUGAUAGACCCAGGGUGGGGGUGGGGCUUUGCAGGGGAGGGAAACUGUUACAUCUGUGUUAAAUUAUUGUGAACAGUCUAUGAUGUCUUGACAUUGGUUCAGGGAUGAGAGACAAUUGACGGAGGGAUGUAUUGUGAUAUUAAGGCAAAAACAGGCAUGAGCUAAAAAGGUGCGACCUGCUAUAACAGCUACUAGGUUCUUAGGAUGCAAAUAAUGUUAUUUUGAGCUUUGAAAAUCCAUGAUACUGUGCAAUAUGCUUUUUUUUUUCCUUAUAAAAGAAAAGGAGCAGAAUAAUUAAAAUGAGAAAAAGGCCAAAUACAGCUGACUUGAGUUUAACUGAAGGACCAGUUAGAGCUUAUCUGGUUGAUUUAAUUUAAUUAUUGAAUCCAUUGAUUUAUCAUUGAUCCUUCAGUGCAGGUUAGAACAAGGAAAUGAGCAUAGACCUUAAAUAGACUCUAAAUGAUGCUUCCAAAGCACUUUUAUCUUGAUACAGGUUCAUACUUGUGUUCACUUGUGAGAUAAUUUAGAAUUUUUGUUUACAGGUUGAAUGUCUAAUAAAUAGUUUUUGAAUUGGCUAAAUAUA